GGUUGGGAUGGUGAUAGCGUCAAAAUGGCGACGAAGUGGACACACUGGUUGAACGAGCACGAAGCUCUUGUUGAUUAUGGUCAACAAGCUCCGUCUCCAUCGAAGGAUUUCUUCCAUAUAUUUGUUACACCGAACGAGUUCAUCUACCGACUUUGGAAGAUAGUUCCUCCAACCCGCUCCGAUUACCAGAACAAUCCACCAUCGGAAGUAAGGAACUCAUGGGAGGACUUCCCCCUCGAUGACCGCCUACACAGUGAGCUACAGCGAGUGGGUGGCAGCAAGACGCUGGACUACUUGCUCAACCUCGCCAACGGCCACUUGGACUAUCUCCCUCGUCUUCCACGCAACGUCCUCAUCCAGAUCAUCAUGAUGCUGGACCUGGAGGACAUCAAGGCUCUGAGUCUCGUGUCACAUUUCUUCAAAGAGUUGUGUAACUGCAAUGAACUGUGGGAGAAGAUCUACAGACAGAACAGUGAGACGCCAAUCACAGACGAGUUACAGAGUCUUGCUAGGGAGCAUGGCUGGAAGGAUCUGUUCUUCACCAACAAGCUUCAGUUGCAGAAACAUUUGCGACGCCAAGCGGAAAGGCAAGCCCCAGCCAACCAGGCCUUCCUGACCCAACCAAUGGAAUAGAGACAAUGCUCAGAGCAGCUGAGGUAGUCAUCACAUCCGUCCAUCUUGUCUGUCUACCUCCAGCCAAUCAAAGUCCAGCUUUUGCAUCACAUGACCUUAUCUUGAGCAGAUGGUAAAUGUCUGGGUCAGGCAUUGUAGGUGUAGGUGUUUGUGCUUAACUACAGAAUGAGUUGAUUGGAAAGGUUAAAUUUGAAUUGUUUUGUUUGACUGUCUUGUUAAUGUGAAUAUUAAGGUCAUCAACAAGGUAUUUUUUUAACACCAUCCAUCACAAUGAAGGAGGUUAUUUGUUUGUUUGCUGUUACAAGAACUGAUGAUACAGGACACUUUUACAUUCAUGCCUUUGGGAGAAAGCUGUCAGGUGAUAACUGGCAACGUAUGUCUGUAGUCUUCCUACAUUUAAUGGGUUAAAACUAUUCUAAUAAACUUUCUCACAUGUCGCAUUAUUACAUAAACAUAGUACACUUUCACUGCAUAUUCACUGAGCCAUAUCAUUGUUUAGAAAAAAAACACUACAUUUCAAUUAAAGAUUUGGAUAGCUUAGCAAUUCACUAUAAGCAUUAGGCCAGGUGAUGACUUGUGUCACCCUAAACUGACCUGAGGUCAUACAGUCAAAUGAUUCAUUCUGAUGAAACUGAGAAUUGCUCAUGAGCCAGGGUAAAAUAUGGCAUUUCCUGCUGUGUUAGAAGUUCCUUGUACUUGCCAGUUCCACAGUUUCCUAAUACCUUAAGGGCACACUAUGAAUAUAGAUCUAAGAGAAGGGGUAUUAUUGGUUGUAAAUUUCAGGAUUAUGAGUAUGAACAAAUUUUGAGUGAAGUUAGUGAUAAAGAGGGAUAGGGAUACUGCUAGUGAUGUAAAGUCCAAAUGGAAUUAAUUGUAGGUGACGGUUUGAAAAAGUUAUCGUAAUCGAGGGAUCCUAAUAUGCCUACAAGAAUGCCUUAUACGAUCCAGGAUUUUGAAAAGGGGAUGCACAAAAUACCCAGUUCAUGAAGUUAAAUUUACUUGAGUGUACAGUUAACAUGCACAGUGUAUGAAAAGAUAGGGGAUGAGAAGAUACCCCUGCAUCCCCCCUCUGGAUCAGCAACUUGCUACUUAUGUAUUAUGAUGACAUAAUCAAAUGUGCUUUUGCUUAGUUUUCAUAUUAUCAACAUAAUCAGCAGCAUUAAGUGUCAUUAAAUAUGCAGAGAUGCUUAUUGCUGUAUGUGUUCAUGGAGUGUUUGGAGUAGUGGUGAUGUUUGGUUGACAUAUCUUGUUGCGUUUGGAUGAAGGAACAUAUUUACUUAUGUUCAAUUUUGUUGUGCUUGAAAAUAUGGUUCGGUUUGUAAUUAGUAUCAUAUGGAAAGGAAGGGUCCUUUUUGUUCAAUCCGAACUUCGUAAUUUUAGAAAUACGGAAAUGGUUCAAUUAUAUUCUUAACUUAAAUGCCUGUUUAGUUGUUUAUUUCCAUCCUUUACUGUAUAGUUCUGUUCAGUUCUAUAUAGUUAUGUACAGUUCUGUACACUUUGGUAUAGUUCUGUACAGUAUCAAAUGGAUCACUGCCAGAAUAUGUGUUCAAAGAGGAUUUGUCUUCUCAAUGCAAGUGCAAAUUUACUGCAAAACUCUUAUCAGUCAUUUGAAACAAAUUGUGCUCUGGAUAAUUUGUAGACUUGUUCCAAGACAGAGUUGUUGGAUAGUCUCAAAGUCACUAGGCAUUUGGUUUGGAAUUGACAAAGGACCAACCGGUAGUAUUAGUUUCGGUCUAAGUGGCAUUGAACAGGCUAAAGUGAGGAAUGAAACAGAGAUCCUAGAUCAUAUGCCAGUCUGCUGCAGUAUCUGUUAGACAUGUACAUUCCAGGAAAAUUAGAUCAAGCGAAAAACAAAACAAGUUGUUUAAGUCACUGCGUGAAUAUAUUGAUGUUUCUUUGUUACAUAAUGUUUUCAGGAUUUUUCACAUUUCAUAUUUUCAGGGUCAGUCUAAUACAUGCCCAUGAAUUAAAAUAUUAAAUAUGUUGGGCACAGGGUAUUUCUGCUGUCUUUCUCAAGUCUGAUAUGAUUGUGGCUGGGGCAUUCAAUGAAAUUAUUAUUCACUGUCACAUCACAGUGAGUGCAUUCAGGGUAGACGUCUUUAUCAACCACAUGUUACUAAUCAUUUAACACACUUAGUGUCCAUGCUUGUCGUAAGAGGCGACCAAUGGGAUCAGCGGCCAGAUUUGCUGACAUGGUUGACAUAUGUCAUCAUAUCCCAAUUGCAUAGGUUGAUGCUCAUGUU